AUGUCCGUGGUACGUAUAACUUGUUCUUCUUCCUCCUCUUCCGCCUCCUCCGCGUCCACCGCCUUCUUCCGCGCAUACCGCCCGCCGCAAUUCUUCCAGCGCUCCUACAUCCCGAGCGUGCGCCCCAACUUCUUCGCCCAGCCCGCACGCCUCCGCCACGCCCGUGCCGCAAACUUGGCGGCCGCCGCCCCCAGACGCCAUGUGUCAACCAACGGCGGAGGAUUCGACCCGCAGCAGCAGCGUGGCGCCGCUGGCGGCGGCGGCGGACCUCCCCGGGGGCCGGGCGUGUGGGCGCCUAAGACGCGGAUAGCGAUUGGCGUGGUGUUUGUCGGGGCGUUGAUAUACUCGAUGGCUACCGAAGACGUCCAGAACCUCGACGGCAUGUCGUUGGCCGAGCAGGACAAGCUCACGAAGCGCGAGUCAGGCGUGACGGCGACGUCGCCGAUGCGACUCCGGAUGGAGAAGUUCAUUCACGAACAGCAGAAGGAAAUCGUGGCGGCGCUGGAGGAGGUCGACGGCAAAUUCUUCCAGGUGGACACGUGGGAGCGGCCGCACGGCGGCGGCGGCAUCACCUGCGUCAUGCAGGAGGGCAACGCGUUCGAGAAGGCGGGCGUCAACACGUCGGUCGUGUACGGCACGCUGCCGCGGGCGGCCAUCGCCAAGAUGCGCGUCAACCACAAGGCGCUGGACCCGGACGUCGAGAGCCUCGAGUUCUUCGCCGCGGGCCUGUCGCUGGUGCUGCACCCGUGGAACCCCAUGGCGCCGACGGUGCACCUCAACUACCGCUACUUCGAGACGUGCGACCCGCGCGACAACAACACGCACGCCUGGUGGUUCGGCGGCGGCUGCGACCUGACGCCGUCGUACCUGUUCGACGAGGACGCCAUCCACUUCCACAAGACGAUCAAGGACGUGUGCGACCGCCACGACCGCGACUACUACCCGCGCUUCAAGAAGUGGUGCGACGACUACUUCAACAACAAGCACCGCUCCGAGUCGCGCGGCGUCGGCGGCAUCUUCUUCGACGAUCUGGACGAGACGGAAAAGGACCAGGAACAGCUUUUCGCGUUCGUGCAGGACUGCCUGCGCGCCUUCAUCCCGCAGUACCGCCCCAUCAUCGAGCGCCGCAAGGACAUGCCGUUCACAGAGGAGGAAAAGAACUGGCAGCAGAUUCGCCGCGGCAGGUACGUCGAGUUCAACCUCGUGCACGACCGCGGCACGAGCUUUGGCCUUAACACUCCUGGUUCGCGGGUUGAGAGUAUCCUCAUGAGCUUGCCGCUCACGGCGAGGUGGCAGUAUAUGCAUGAGCCGGAGAAGGGGAGCAGGGAGGAGCGGUUGUUGAAUGUGUUGAAGAAGCCGCAGGAGUGGGUGUAA